GAAUCUUUAUUCCGGUUUAAGAAGUCAGACUUCCGGUCAUUAUUUUCGCCGAAAAUCGAAAAUUUAAAGACUUUUUAAUUUACAAGGAAACCCCAAAUAUCUCAUUUUCCAAAAAUGGUAUCUUAAUUGCGCAGUCGCAGUAAAAACAGUGCUGGUAAUUUUAGAAGUUGUUCAAUAAUGCACGGCAAACAUUUUUCUGAAGACACUGCUUUACCUCUUUCGACACUCGCUGACAGAUUGACUCUUUGUGAAUGUGUUGAGUCGGUAGCACCGAAAAGCUAAAGUAAAAUAUCUGUAUAAUUUGAAAAUGACUGAAUAUGUAAUUAUAACAGAAAGCUAAAUAUAUCUGGCACGAAACCUAUGAAAUGAAUUGUAGGCGGCUGAAAAAUGCAAGAUAAUUUUCAAAGUGAAGUUUCCUUGAAGUUUUCAUGUUAAUGUGAUUGUUUUAUACAUUAACAUUGAAAUACAUGAUUGUAAAUAUUUGUGAAACGAUUAUCCUGACAGAACCAAACUACUUCAACCUUGAAACAACACAAACUGAGUGAUAGGAUGACUCAAAUGCAGAAAUCUUAAAUUGGAAAAGUUAACAUUGCCAUUACAUAUUACAGUAAGUAAGUAUGGGUAAUAAAUACAGCUGCUGUGGCUAUAAAAGCUCCAAAAGGAAGAACAGAGAGGAGUCUUACCAGCCUGCCAGACAGACUAGUCAGCAAGAAGAAUCGUCACAUGCUGCUAUCCAGCAAAGUUACUCAUCUUUACCAGGUGUUCCACAUAUAAGUGAUCGUGAAAAUCUUCCUGAAGAUAACAUUGGAGACCCGUCAAAUAAUCCUUUGGAAAAGACUAUGUUCUACAGGAGAUCACAGAUAGAAAUAAACAAGAAUAAUAAGAAUAGAAGAAAAAGCCAGUAUGAUGACUAUAGCCAUAAUCAUUCACGCAUGAAUGGAGGACCAUAUGGAAAACUAAAGAAGUAUAGCUCUUGUUCUACGAUCUAUAUAGAUGACUCAACAGUGAGCCAACCCAAUCUGAAAAACACAAUCAAAGCCGUCACAUUGGCUGUCUACUUUCAUAUAAAGAAUCGAGAAAGCAAAUACAAUAUACGGACACUGGAGAUAUUUGACGAGAAAUCGCAUCCAUUAUCACGGGAGCCAUUAUCGGAAGAUUACGAUAUAUGUGAUCCGGAACACAGGGUUAUAUAUAGAUUUGUACAACGCUUGUUUAAAGAUGCCCAGCUUACAGCUGAAUGUGCAAUAGUUACGUUGGUGUAUUUAGAAAGACUGUUAACGUAUGGAGAGAUAGAUAUAGCCCCUUGUAAUUGGAAGAGAAUAGUGCUCGGUGCGAUAUUACUGGCAUCUAAAGUAUGGGAUGACCAGGCAGUUUGGAAUGUAGAUUAUUGCCAGAUUCUUAGAGAUACAGCAGUGGAAGAUAUGAAUGAAUUGGAACGUCAGUUUCUAGAAAUGUUGCAGUUUAACAUCAAUGUGCCAUCAGGUGUUUACGCCAAGUAUUACUUUGAUCUGAGAGCUUUGGCAGGAGACAAUGACCUCAGCUUUCCCCUGGAACCGCUCGAUAAAGAACGCGCCAUGAAAUUAGAGGCAAUGUCUACAACAUGGGAAGAUAAUUUCAGGAUGUUGUCAAAGCCAAAACUUGCGAGAUCUAACAGUCUAGAUGGUGUCACACACAGUCACAGAUCCAGUAUAGCCAUUUUGUCAUGACGACUGUGUCACAUGACAGGGUCAUGUGAUCCAACAUGGCUGACUUUGCUUGGAACUUGAAUCAAGAUGAAAUAUUUAAUGCUGCUGUUUUCUUAGUUUAAAUAUAUCAAUUCUAUAAAUAGCUGCACGCUGCUUUUCUGUAUAUGCUGUAAAAAUGUCUAAAAAUAGAUUUGAAGCUUGUUUGUAUAAAAUUCCAAGCCCAGUUGACCAUAAGAUCACCGGUAAAGGUCACAUGUCAAGGUCAGCCAGGGGAGGUCACAUGGUCUCAGUCACCACAUAGUUAUGGGACUAAAUUUUGAGAAGGCAUUUAUUGUAUUUAUUAAGCAGUUUAUGUGAAUUAAGUGUAUAUGGUACACUUCAUGUGAAAAUGAAAUCAAAAUGGAUGCAUGGUGUGUUUUUUUUUUACAGGGCACAAGCUGCUCUUUUUAGAGCUGGCCACAUAUUCGGGUCACAAAUUUUUCUUCUCAUACCAGCACUUUAUUUUUUUUUACGAACUUGGCUUGAGAGUAAGUUGACAUGAUAUAGAAGGACUUUUAAAAAAAAUUAGUCAAAUAUCCUGGAUUCUUUCACCAAAGCAGCCAAAAGAUUUGUUUUAAAUUUUUACAAGUUUUCGUCAAUAUCUUUUUUCACAUGAAUUUUACUGGCAUAAUAAGCUGAAAUUAGCGAUAAUCUGUCUGUACUAGAGUGACAGCAUUGCCAUAUGAAGGCUCCGUUACAAAAAAAACAAAAACAAGUGAAAAUAAGGAAUAGUUCUGUUUCAUUGAUGUAAGCAUAUGAACUGUGAAUAAGUGGCAUGGUUAUAGAAAUCUUAAUAUAUUCAGAAAGCAGAUAUUUGAUAUUCUGAACUGUCUCGAAUAAUGUUCAUUUUUAUAGCAUUUCAUAUUACAGAGUGUUUCUUUCGUUGUGAAUACAUGUGCAUGAAAUCUUUCCUGUGUAUAACUUCAAACUCUUGUCCUCAUUAUGAAGGCCAGUGCACAAUAAAAAUUUCAUACAAAAUAAUUUAGGAGAAUAUAUUGCGUAUUACUUGAUAACAUCUCUGCUCUUUUUUUCCUGUGCAAGUCAGGAAACUGGUAGAGAAUUUUAAUGAAUCUAUUGUUUUACUUUAAUCAUAGGCUUAUUUAGGUUCUAAGUUCACUUCAUCUUAGUCAUAGGCAUAUUUAGGCUCAAAUUACAAGUAAGAAUUUGUUUUUAUAUUAGAACUUUUAAGAAAAGCAUCUCGCAAAUCUUGUAUAAGGAAUCUCAUUUCUUUGUUCUAAUGUUAUGAUAUUAAAAUAGUUUUCUUUUAUGUUUUUGAUUUGUUUAAACUGAUUCAGUUAUAAGUGUCUUACCCUUACCUGUUUACUGUAUUUGUUUUUGGGGGGACCGUCUUAUAAGUAAACUGACUUAAAAGCAAGUAAAUAUGGUAAUUAGAAAUCAUUUUUGUAUUGAUUUUGGUGCUUUUAGUUAGACAUUGUCUGUGAUUCAAAUUUGUUUUAAUUUUGUUGCGUUCUCCCUUCAAGUUUUUCUUUGUUAUCAGUAGUCAUGUGACCUAUAAUUGUAUAAGUGUGACAUUAAACCCAACAAAUUUCUUAUCGGUAGUGUACUUGUUUCCUUUCUUUAGUUUAAAUUUUCCCCAUAAAUUACAGUUUUUUUUGGGGGGGGGGGGGGGGGGGGGUUCCAGAAAAUUCUUAAAGCUCUUGUUCCUUUAUUGAUGUAAAAAGUGAAGGACACUUGAUAGGCAUGAUUCUGAAAGCUUGUUCUUUUAAAUGGACAGGGAAUUUAUAAAUGCAAAAUGUAAAUGUAAAAAGGUGCCGUGCACUGGACUAGUUAUGGUUAAUAGUUAAGGAAUGAUGGUAGUGAUAGUGAUAGCUUUUAAAGUGCCAAAUAGUUGAAUUGUAUUAUAUUAAGCAAUAUGUAUAAUGUAUGAAUGAGUCAGCAUCUCUGGUUACCUUGGUUCUAUGACCGGUUUACCAAGGUUAUAUAGGUAGCUACCAUGAUUCAGUGCCUGGUUAUUCAACACUGUUUGCUAUGGUCACAUGACUAAUUUCCAUGGUUAUAUUACAAUUUACUAUUGUAAAUUGUCUACACCGUAAGACUACUUGGUCAUGGUUGCAAUAACUGUGAUUACGUAUCAAGUUUCCAUGGUUACAUUGCAGCUUACUAUGAUAAAUUGUGUUGUUUUGAUGGUCCUGUGAUGUAGUAACCAUGGUGACAUGACUAAUAGGGUCUUAACACUUGGUUUUGCUGUAACUCUGUGAUUCCAGCAGGUAUGCAAAUUUUGAUUCCAUACCUCAUGUUUUUAUUUCGAUGUAAAUGAGAUGUGAAACCAAAAUUUGUAGUCCUGUUUGGCGCCAUAUAACCUAUACUGUGUUGGUGUGCCGUAAAACCCAAAUAAAUAUAUAAAUAAAUGUCUUGUUUCCAUGGUUACAUUACUGCUCACAUGGCUAAUAUGCACAGUUUCCAUGGUCAUGUUUACAGUUACCAUGUGGUUUCAUGGCUAUGUUAUUUACUAUAUAGUAUCUUGUGUAGUUUCCAUGGUCAUGUGUAACCUUGGUUAUUUGUUUUAUAUCCCUGGUGACAAUGUUUCUUACCAUGGUAACUUGUCUAGUUUCAUGGUAGUUUGUAAAAUUACCAUGGUUACAUGUCAGGGUUAUGGUUGCAUGGCUAGAUCAUGGUAACUUUUCAAGUUUCCAUGGCUGUUUGUCGGUGCUACCUUGGGUUCAUGUCUAGUUACUGUGGUCUUAAUUUUGUCAAGUGUCUAUUAUUUCAUGGUAGAAUUGUAUAAAGCAUAAUGCGAGAUGUUUAUUUGUGACCUCUUAACAUAAUUUAAUUAUGUCUCCCACCACACAGGGGUGUGGGAGACAUAUUGAUUUACUCCUGUCUGUGUGUGUGUCUGUCUGUCUGUCUGUCUGUCAGUCUGUCACAAAGCUUGUCCGCACUCAAAGUCGGACAUUUCUCAUCCAAUCUUCACCAAACUUGAACAAAAUGUGUUUGCCAAUACAUCCUCGGCCAGGUUUGAUAACUAUCAAAAUUGGCCCAGGCACCUCGGAAUUAUGGCCCUUGAAACUUGUUUUUGAUAACCAAAGCACUCAAAGUCUGAUAAGGCAGUGGAGGUCUUGGUGCAUAGUUGACUCAUAUACUACUAUUCAAAUGAUUAGGCAGUUGUGGGAGACAUGCGCUUUUCUCAAAAGCAACUCUAGUUUGUUAUGUGAAGUUAACAGCAAUAUUAGAAUUGCUAAUCAUGGAGUUACUUUUACAAUUUUUGCUGUUAAUUUGUACAAUAUUUGUAAUGACAGAAACCUUAAUUCUCUUGUUAACACUGAAUUUUUAAGGAACGGAGAAUGUCUUAAUUGCUGUUGAAAAAAGAAUUCAAAAAAAGAUGCUCUAAACUUGGAAGUUUGUAACUGCAGUUUUAUAGUCUGUAAUAAUCUGUAUAAACAUAAUUACACAAAACAUUUUGAAGAAUUGUUUGUCUAAAUCAUUCAUGUACAGGGAAAGCUCUAAUCAUGAAAGACUACGUAUGCCUAUACCACUCAAUUUUUCAAGGCAAUUUUUUUUUUUUUUAAGUCAAUCCACAUGAAAUUGUCAAGACCCUUGAUAAGGUGUUGAAAUAAUGCUACAGUAUUAUACUCUUAUUUGAUGGAAAGACUUAACCUUAAUUGGCGCAAGGAUGUAAGCCACAAGGGCGAAGCCUUAAGUGCUUAUUUAGGUAAAAGAGCGCUAAAAAUCACAAUAGGCACAUCAUAGUCACUUAAUGACUUGUUAAUUGUAUACCUAAACAAAAACUUCAAGUUAUUGGAACAUCAUGUAUCAUGCCAAUAACUGGUUAUAGUGCACACUUUCUGAUGUUUGCAUAGAUUACAGGAUUCUGUUCUGCACUGAUACACUUACUUAUGUUAGCAUAAAAUACAGGAUUCUGUGUUUACUGGCACACUUAGGAUGUUGACAUAAGAUACACGAGUCAAUACUGUAUUUGGUACACUUCCUUUUGUUGGCAUAAGAGACAGGAUUUGAUGCUGUACUGGCACACUUCUUUAUGUUGGCAUAAAAAACAGGAUUCUAUGAUUUACUGGCACACUUCCAAACAUUUAUAUGGGAUACUGUGCUUUACUGGUACAUUUCCAGAUGUUGGCAUAAAAUCGUGAUUCUGUAUUGUACUGGCACAUUUACAAAUGUUGGCAUAAAUUACAGAAUUCUGUAUUGUACUUACGCAUUUAGGAUUUUGGUAUAAAAAUCAGGAUUCUGUAUUGAACUGGCACACUUCCAAAUGUUGGCAUAAGAUUCAGGAUUCUGUAGUGUACUUGCACACUUACGAUUUUGGCAUAAAGUACAGGAAUCUAUUCUGUACUUGUAUUCUGUAUGACAGGUAUUUGAACUUUGCACCAUAUUAUUGUAUUGCGGAAGCUGGUUUCUUCCAUCAUGAAUACCUGUUAGCUCAAGAAAGUUGUAAACAAAUUGAGGUGUCUGAAUCAAAAGAACACUUUCUUAUUGUUAUCUUUCUUUGCACUUUAUUCAGCCUUUUAAAAGUUUGAAGGAUUUUCAAUAAAAAAACAAAACAAAACAUAAGAUCUUUUGUUCCUGAAAACACGAUACAAAAUACAGUGGAAUAAGGAAAAGGAAUUGUACAACUGGCACUUUUAAUUUGCAGGUCUGACAAUACAUUUAGUGGCUUAUGACUUAAAACAUUCUGUGGUCUCUGACCUGAAAACAUUUGGUGGUCACUUGUCAACUGUGUUGCUGGUUUUACUAAUUCUGUUUAUUUCUCAGUUUGUGAGAACAACUGUUGCCGACUACUUCACAUUUCUGCACAGUACUUGUGUUCCUUGCAUUUGAAUGUUGUAAAAUAUACAUCAUUACUGCACAAAAACAUAAUAAAUCUUUUCUAAAUUUUUAAAAGCAGAUAAAUGAUUGUGCUGGAGUCACCAAAACAAAAAAAUGUGCCAUUUUAACAAGUUAAACAUAAUGAGAACAGAGAAGCUUUUCAUUAAAGAAAUAAUCAUAAAGCAAAAGUUAGUGCUGAAAUAAGAAUCAUUUCUGAAUGCAAGUUGCGUCUUAGAAGAGUUUUCCAUCCAUGUGGCAGGCAUAGCCAGACAGACACAAAUUAGUUCCAAGUGUACACUCCGAAGAAAAUGUGUUUUUAUUUAAUCCAUUUUAGAAAUUACCGAUUAUAAACCAUAUUUGAGAAAACUGUUUGGUGCUCAGCCCUAAAAAUGCUGUUUUGAUGAAUACAGUAGUUUUGAAGAAAGUUUGAAUUUUGACUGAACACUCUUUAUGAUAUGCGAUUUUGUUAACUAAAUUGUUUUAAACAACUGUUUGAUUUUUUUUUCAAGCUUAAUAUUGACAUACUGUUUAAACAUCUGUUCAAGGUAGGCAGACUCAUUUGAUAGACUGUACAGGAUUCUUUAUUUCCUACUUCCAAGCUCAAGUCAGGUCAGCUUUGAAGUUACUUUUUUAAUUAUGUUUUGUUUGGCAGAUAAUUUCAAGAUUUUGGUUGUCUGUGAAACAGAAAUGUUUGGAGAAGUAGUCAUAUAAUAAUGAGCCGCGCCAUGAGAAAACCAACAUAGUAGCAGGAUCCAUGCUGUUCGCUUUCAAAGCCUAUUGCAAUUAGAGAAACUGUUAGCGAACAGCGUGGAUCCUGACAAGACUGCGCGGAUGCGCAGGCUGGUCUGGAUCCAUGCUGGUCGCAAAGCCACUAUGUUGGACUUUUAAUGGUGCGGCUCGUAUAUAAAAAUCACUAUAUAAAUUUCACACACUGUACAUUGUGCAUGUAUUUGAAUUCUGUGUAUGUUAGUGAAUUUUUGUAAAAUAUUUUAAUGUGAUAAUUCUUGUAUAAUGUAAAAAUAAAUGUAGAAUAUGGAAA